GCACCGCCUACAUCCCCCAGCAGCCCCCGCCACGCGGCGCAGGCGCGGAGCGCGCGGCCAAGAUGGCGCUGCUGCGGCAGGUGUACGGGUCGCUGUUCCGCCGCACGUCCACAUUCGCGCUGUCGGUCGUGCUGGGCGCGGUGCUCUUCGAGCGCGCCUUCGACCAGGGUGCGGACGCGCUCUUCGAGCGGCUCAACGAAGGGAAACUGUGGAAACACAUCAAGCACAAGUACGAGAACUGAGAGCUCAGCAGCAGGAGCCAGCCUGGGGUGGCUGCAGGCACUGCAGGGAUGGGUUCAACCUCCUGAAACUGGGAAUGGAUUCCUGAUGGAACAACUCCGAGCCAGCUACUGUCAGCCACCUCCUGAUAUGAUGUGAAGCAAGAUGGACUCAAGGAGUUCUGCUGCUGUACUCAACUCACUGUGUUCAAAUAAAACUCCUGGUCCUGU